GCACAGGCCCUGAUGGGUAAUCAGCUGAGCUGGCACGCCAUUGAGACGGCCUUGGCACGCGCUGUGUCUAUGGAGAUUAUCAGCGAGGAGGACCUUGAUGUCUUCAGCAAAGAUAUGCUCAUCAAGGCCGCGGCGGAGGUGAAAGAAAGCCGGCACUUUUCAGAGCUCAAGGACCUGCAUAUCGUUCUGGAAGAUGCAGCUCGGGAGUACCUGGAGCUUCAGGUCAAGCUUUCGCCGCUUGAAGUCCUGACUGCGCUCUCGUCGUUGGAAAUCCUCAAGGUCUCUGAGGAGGUGGUUCAGCAGCUGAAAGCUGAGAUGAGGUCGGAGUUGGAGAGAAACCUUCAAGAUGUGUCUUAUCAGGGCUCCUUGAAGAUCGAGUCCGAGGAUUCCUCGGAUCAGUUGGUGGUCGCCUUCUCCGAGGAGAACCCUGGCCUCUUGGACGCCCACCCAAAAGAGGCUGCCCUUUCUGACGAGGCUCGACAGACGGCGCAGGUCAACCUUGUCGCCCUCUUGAGUUGGCAGCAGGGCGAAAGGCCCGGACACCAGAUGGCGGUCGUACGCUCGGGCUCCGGCUCGGGUGGCGGUGAUCUGGGAGGGAGCUGGAACUUGGAGGGUACGAAGAUCGAGCUUUGCUACGCAGCCAGCUGA